AUGUCCGAAAACAACAAUAACAAACGGUUUUUAACCGGUGAUGUUAAUCGUCAGGAUACGGAUCAUUACGAUGAAGACCGUUCUUACUAUUCUGAAAAUAAUUCUUCGGGAAGCAAUAAUGAAACAAAUCCCCCACAAAAUCCAUUUUUAGAUACACAGGCUUACAGUUCAUCGGAAAAUAAUAGCAAGGAUUCGUUAAUCCGCAAAAUGAAGAACGAUUUUCCAGCAAUUAAUAAUGGGGAAAAAAAUAACACAGAGUCCUCUGCGGAUGGUGUUGCUGACUACAAAGGAUAUUAUUCUUCCAAGAUAAAAGCUAACAACAAAAAUAGUAACGCGUAUACUCGUACCAACAACAAUUUAUUGCCACCAAGUUAUAGCAGUAAUAAUAUUAAGCAAAGUACCUCUUAUAACAGUUUAAUUUCAGUUGAAAAUGUUUCAUCACCAGCUGCGUUUGAUAGAUAUCCAAUGGUUGGAUCAAGAGUUGCAUCCAUGGCUGGCCCAAGUCAUCAUCAUCACCAUAAUAACCGUUUACAUGACGCCAGUUCAAAUAAUUCAAGUAGCAGUUUUUCAUCAUCGUCACAAGCCUUCUUGAAUGAGCAAGAUUUUUCACCAUUUGGUGGAUAUCCAGCUAGUAGUUUCCCACUUUUAAUGGAAGAAAAGGAAGAUGACGAUUAUUUACACAACCCUGAUCCGGAAGAGGAAGCCAGACUAGAUAGACAAAGAUUCUAUUUGGAUUUUAAACAUAUGGAUAGAAGAUCCUUUGGUGGUUUAAUCGGUAUUUUAGCUCUAUUUUUUGGUGGUUGUGUCAUUUUUAUCAUUUUACCAGUUUUAACAUUCACAGGUGCCGAAGAUCAUGGUAAAUACACCGAGGUUAUUAAUAUUUUAACAUUGUACGACUACCCACAAUUAAGUGCUAUUAGAACUUCACUAGUGGACCCUGAUACUCCCAGUGAUGCUAUGGCACAUAAAGCUAAAGAUGGUUCGUAUUGGAAGUUGGCAUUUAGUGACGAAUUUAAUGCCUUAGGCAGAACUUUUUACGAUGGUGAUGAUCAAUUUUGGACAGCACCUGACCUUAAUUAUAAGGCUACCAAUGAUUUAGAAUGGUACAGUCCAGAUGCUGCUACAACAUUUAAUGGUACACUACAGCUAAGAAUGGAUGCCUAUAAAUCACAUAAUUUAUAUUAUAGAAGUGGGAUGUUACAGAGUUGGAAUAAACUUUGUUUUACUCAGGGAUACAUUGAAGUUUCUGCCAAUUUACCUAAUUAUGGUAGAGUUACUGGGCUAUGGCCUGGGUUAUGGACAAUGGGAAAUUUAGGUAGACCAGGUUAUUUAGCUUCGACUGAAGGUUUGUGGCCAUAUAGUUAUGAUUCAUGUGAUGCCGGUAUUACGCCAAACCAAUCCUCACCUGAUGGCAUUUCAUAUCUACCGGGACAAAGAUUAAGUAUAUGUACAUGUGAUGGUGAAGAUCAUCCAAACCAAGGGGUUGGCAGAGGAGCACCCGAACUAGAUAUUUUGGAAGGAGAAGUUAGUACGGCGACCAAAGGUGGUGUUGGUUUGGCAUCUCAAUCAAUGCAAACCGCUCCAUUUGACAUUUGGUAUAUGCCAGAUUAUGACUACAUCGAAAUUUAUAAUCAGUCAACCACUGUAAUCAAUACAUAUGCAGGUGGCCCAUUCCAACAAGCUGUUUCAGCGGUUACUACAUUGAAUGAUUCAUGGUAUGAAUAUGGACCAGAUGCUGGGUAUUUCCAGAGAUUUGGCUUUGAAUAUUUAAAUGAUGAUGAGGAUGGAUAUGUUCGUUGGUUUGUUGGUGAGACCCCUACCUAUACAACAUAUGCAAAAGCUUUACACCCCAAUGGUAACAUUGGUUGGAGAAGAAUAACGAAGGAGCCGAUGUCUAUAAUUUUAAAUUUGGGGAUUUCCAACAACUGGGCGUAUAUUGACUGGCAGAGUAUUUACUUUCCCGUUACCUUGUCUAUUGACUAUGUCAGAAUAUAUCAACCUAACGAUAGCAUCAGUAUUACAUGUGAUCCAGAAGAUUAUCCCACUUAUGAUUAUAUACAAGAUCAUUUAAGUGUUUACACAGAUGUAAACCUAACAAGUUGGGAGGGUGCUGGGUAUACUUUCCCCAAGAAUAUAUUGACUGGUAAUUGUAACAGUUCUAAGUUUUCUCUAUCAUAA